CUCGUUCGGCACACAGUCGAACUCCUUCGCCACUGGACGACGGACGUCGUCGUCGUCGCUGUCAACGUCCUCGUCGUCAUCAGCAUCCACGAUACCAUCAUGUCGUACAUCAUGAUCGGCAUCCUGAUGAUUCUCACGUCGAUCGCGCGUGGCUGCUCCGGCUGCCCGUUCUGCGCCAGGCAACUGUUGCAGCAGCUGCAGCAGCAACAGCAGCAAUCACAGCAGCAGCAGCAGCAGCAGGAGCGGCAAGAGCAGCAGCAGGAACCGUACCGGACGAUCGGCAGCCUGAGACCGUUCGGCGCCGACAAGCCGACCCGUGUCCAGGAGUUCAACCGAACCGGCGUGCUGCACCCCGAAUAUCAGAUACCGGCGACCAUCAGGCCUGGCAACGUGUCUCAGUUCUAUUACCUGAGCCCACGAGAAGGCCCGCCUCUCACGUUACUCGUUAGCCCGUGCAGCGGUCCGAUCUCAUGGACGGUCAGUUACGUGGAGCCGCCCGAAAACGAUCAGGAAGCGGAAGGAAUAAAGUCGCAAACGCGGUGGCCCGUGAAGACCCUGAAGCCAGGUUCACCUCUCUUCAUGUACGAGGGCGCGGACGACCAAAAUUUCACGAUACCAAAGACGCGGGCCGGUCUUUACUGGUUCGAGAUCAAGUCCGUGGAGUCGGCGGGCAACGACGACUCGACGAGCCGCUCGCCCGGCACCGUGCUCCUGUACGCGACGUCCAGCGCCUUGGAUCACGUAUCGGGCAUUUACACCAACGAGAAGGAGCAUCGGCAUCGUUCGCUGAGAUUUCAGCAGCGACGAAGUAAGCGCCGACUGACGGUGUCCUGGAACAAAAGCCAUGUAGAUCCUCAUCUGUCCAGCUACUGUUUAGUCGUGACGUCGGGCACGCAGCCGCAGCCGUCGACGCUCUGCGCCGCUCACAACGUUCUCAAGACACACCCGCAUACGACGAGAACCGGCUCCUCCUCGAAGGAGCACCAUCAUCGGGGCGUCCCGGAAGGACUGCACUGCGUGCGGCAGACCAAGCUGACGCUCCACAGAAUGCGAUACGACACUACGUACAACUUCACUCUAUACGUGGUGAAUACGCGGAACAACGUUUCCAAUCGAGUCGCCACCGACACCAUCAGGUUCAAGAAGCCGGAACUGACGUUGCGAACUGGUCGUUACAUCACGGCUAAUCUACGGAAGACGGACGGUUUCGUGAACUUCCGCUAUCGACCGCCGGAUAACACCUCGAGCAUCUUUCACAUACUUCCCUGCGGCGGCGGCAUCGUGAAGGCGAAAUUAAGUGCUCAAGGAGCAUUAUUACGGGAGAAAGAAGUGGUGGGAUAUGCCUCAUUACGUGUACCUCCUCUGCCUCCCGGUAAGACGUACACGUUACGUAUAUCGACCACACCGCAGGAGCUGGUCCGAGUAUCCACCAUAAAAGUGCUGGCCACGCAGGAGUCAUCCACCAUUUAUCCGCAAAUACCAACAAAAAACCCACCGCGGGAGUACCGAUCUCUACGGACUUGUCAUGAGGUAACGAUAGGAGUAGAGCCGGCUGGCGCCGCCAAGUACUGCAUCCUGGUGAAGGAGCUACGGAGCUCCUCGUCCUUGGCGAGUGUCACGACCGUUCCGGAUCAGUGCGGGCUUCAUCGGCGCAGACGGUCCGAGUACACGUUCGAGGUCUGUGAGGAGAAGCGAAGCCCACCGAAAGACCGGGCGCUGCCGUUCAAGCUGACAAGGCUGCAGCCCGGUAAGGCUUACCUGCUGCAGAUCACAGCGCAGCUGAAGGGUCAAUCCUUGUCCUACCCGCUGCUAGGUGUGCGCACACGACGUUCCUGUGACACAUGAUCCACAUGAUUCCUAUUGAGCGAACUGCAGCAACAGCGACUCGACGAUAAUCUGCACCGUUAGUGGCUUCUUAAAGAAAUCCCUUCCAAACUGUUAUGAUUCAAAGAUAAUUUAUGACACGAAGAUAUAUAUAUAUAUAUAUAUAUAUAUAUAUAUAUAUAUAUCCAUGAUGUCCGUGAAAUUUUGCCAUCUUCGCGUGAGGACAUUUCGACGCGAAUCGAAUACACAGAUUAUUCAUUUGGAGAUUGACGCAAGAAGUCGAGUUUCGUAAGUUCGUCGAAGUGAGUACACUGAGAGAAAAAAUAUUUAAGGAAUAAAAAAUAUUCAGUGAGUACUAACAUGUUAUAUCAAUAUAAAAUAUUUUUCAAAUAUGAAAAUCAUACAUUUUUUUUUAAACAGCUGUUCAUGAAAACAAUUGUUCGUUCUAUUUAAGUAAAAGAGAAUUUUUGAAAAUUUAUUAUUCUCUAUUUAGAGAAAGAAUUUAGAUUUUUAAAUGCAUAUCUUGUCCAGGGGGUCAAUCAUGAAUUUUUUUCUCUAACGUAAACUCGUGAAAAGUGAACAUUUCUAUAUGCUUUUACAUUAGAACAUUUUCACUUUUCACGAGUUCACGCUAGAGGAAAAGAUUUAUGAUUGACCAACGGAGUGUCCACUGAACAGAUAUUCUUUUCUUUUUUUUUAUAAAUAUUCUUUCUCUCGGUGACAUCGAGCGACGUGAUAUCAGGUACAAAUUCGUUAUAUUUCAAAAUUUCGCCUCGCUUGUGAGGUAAGUACAAAGAUCGAGCGCGAUAUUUAAAGUGGGUCUUGUGGAUCGUUCUAUCUUGCUGCCCAAGAGAUCGAAGUAGAAGAGUAGUAUUUGUAGCAGGAGACGAUUGUGGAGAACUGUUACCGGAUUCGGGGAUUACGUUCAGUCGCAUUUCGAGGCACAGUCUAGUCUAGAUUUUACGACAACGUACAAUCGGCGUCCGCGGUGGGCGCGGGACGACCCGUACAUCGAUAUAUAUUUUGCUAUUUGUGUAAUGUACAUGUACAUUCUUAUAUAUAUAUAUACGAUACGUCUUUUUUAUCUUGAAUAAGUACACCGAGUAUUUUUGCAACUUACACGACGAGUUUGUAAUAAGCGUGGAUGUGAGCCACACUUGAAAUCGCGAGAACUAAUGAAGAAAUCGAUCUAGAUAGAUAAGUAAGCACUUGUUCACGCACGUACGGCGUGCAAACGUCAAAGCACGCUUGACGCAUUCGUAAUAAAAGUAAGAAUCGUCCCUCUGGCGUAUACACACAUACACACACACACACACAAGCCUCACUUCUCUUCCUUUAAUAACCCGAAUAAAAAUAUAUACCAGAA